CCGUGCCGCAGGAGGGCCGACACGGACUUCCUUCACUCCUUUCUGGGACCGAGUCCAGAUGACGUUCCGUUCUCACCGUCGUGCACGUUUCCAGAUUUAUGGGCGGUAACUCUACCAAAGCUACCUCUGGUAUCAACGGUGCGGGUACGCAGUCACAGCAGGACCUCAACAUCCCGGACAAUGCGAAGCUCUUCUUCCAGGACACGAAGAACUCGGCGCGUGAGCUUGCACGCGAUGAUCUCAUCGGUGUCCUCACCGGCCGUUCGGGUGACGCAGUCAACUGGCUGCAGGACAAGUUUGGUCUCGAUCUGUCCAAGGUCGCUCGUCUGGGUGGUCACUCGCAGCCUCGUACCCACCGUGGCAAUGCGCAGUUCCCCGGGAUGGUAAUCACGUAUGCACAAAUGGAGCGUCUGGAGGAUCUGUCCGUGUCCCAGCCGGACCGUGUCAAGAUCAAGAAGAAGGCACGCGUGACGAAGCUUAUUCGCGACGGUGAGGCUGUUGUCGGGGUAGAGUACACGCUCGGCGGCAAGACCGAGAUCGCGUACGGGCCCGUUAUUCUCGCCACCGGUGGCUACGCCGCAGACUUCACUCCCAACUCGCUCCUGAAGAAGUACCGCCCCGAGUACUACGACCUCCCGACGACGAACGGCGAGCACUGCACUGGUGAUGGGCAUAAACUAGCGCUGGAGGUCGGCGCGAGUGCGAUCGACCUUGAGAAGGUCCAGGUGCACCCGACUGGUCUGGUCGACCCCAAUGACCCUGAGGCCAAGGUGAAGUUCUUGGCUGCGGAAGCGCUCCGUGGUGUCGGUGGUCUCCUCCUCGAUAACGAGGGCAAGCGGUUCGUCGAUGAACUCCAGCACCGGGACUAUGUCACCGGCAAGAUGUGGGAGAACGGCAAGUACCCCAUUCGCCUCGUCUUGAACGGCCAGGCAUCCAAGGAGAUUGAAUGGCACUGCAAGCACUACGUCGGACGUGGUCUCAUGAAGCGCUACGCGAACGGCGAGGAGCUUGCGAAGGACAUGGGUCUCACGCCUGCGCAGCUCAAGAAGACCUUUGACGACUACAACGCGGUCGUCCGGGCGAAGAAGGAUCCCUUCGGCAAGAAGGUAUGCUGCCUUCCCAUCGAUUAUUUGUUCAUAUGCUCACCCCGUCUCCAGUUCUUCUCGUCAGGGGAGUGGCGCUUGGACGACUACUUCAAUGUCGCCAUCAUGACGCCCGUCCUCCACUACACCAUGGGUGGUCUCGAAAUCGACGCCGAGUCACGCGUGAUCUCGUCAUCCGGCAAGCCCGUCGCGGGUCUCUUCGCAUCAGGCGAAGUUGCCGGUGGUGUGCACGGCGCGAACCGUCUAGGUGGUUCAUCACUACUGGGCUGCGUCGUCUUCGGGCGUGUCAGUGGUGACUCCGCCGCGUCGUACCUCCUCCAGCGCAUCGGUCCAUUGGCAGAGAAGGCCGCGGGUCGUUUGGGCGCUGUUUCUGGCCAUCUCGGCGGCGAGUCAAGUAGCUCGGUCGCUGCUCCUGCAGAGGAGAAGGCGGACGCGAAGAGCUCAGGGGGCGCGAAGGUGUUCACGGCUGAGGAGGUCGCGAAGCACAAGUCGAAGGACGACAUCUGGGUCAUCAUCGAUAACCAGGUGCUCGACGUCACCAGCUUCCUGCCCGACCACCCCGGAGGCGAGAAGGCCAUCCUUCUCUACGCGGGCCGCGAUGCGACGGAAGAGUUUAACAUGCUUCAUGACCCUAAGGUUAUCCCGCGAUACGCGGCUGACUCUGUCAUCGGCUCACUGAAGAAGUAGAGGCCAUGGUGGUGAUUGGGUCUCUGUCACGCUCAAAAGCUGAUGCCGAUGCCGACGCACGCGUACUUGCUGUUGUUCGUA